GGCGGCAUCAGUUUGAUCAAGGCAACGACAAGCCACAAAAAUCCCAUUCGUCACCUGCCUUGAGCUUAUCCCAAUUGUCCAAAGUAGUUUGUUGUCCUUGGUUGUUGAUAAGCAAUCUUCUCUUUCCUCUAUCCUCUUUCACAUGACAAAGACCCUAGAUCUCUCUUGAUCAAGACCAAUUAGGAGAGAAAAACAACUACUAACCAGGCAUCAGCCAUGGCAACUCUAACGUUUCAUUCAUUGACAGGAACCCUGGAAAGGAUCCCAGCAUCAUGUUCUUGUUCAAACCCAAGGAUGUCAACUUCUUUCCAUUGCAAUUCCAAGGGUGAGAAAAGGGUGUCAAGAAUGACAGUAAAAGCUAUGGGGGCAGCCAAGUAUAAAGGGACUCAGAUGAGGGAGAAGCAGCUGGCUGAGAUGAUUGAGAAGAAAGUGACAGAGGCCAAGGAAGUUUGUGAAGGAGACGAGACUUCUGAUGAGUGCAAGGUGGCUUGGGACGAGGUUGAAGAGGUAAGCCAAGCCAAGGCUGAUCUCAGGCUUAGACUUGAAAUCGAAAAGAAAGAUCCUCUUGAAUUUUUCUGCCAGGAGAAUCCUGAGACUGAAGAGUGCAGGGUCUAUGAAGAUUGAUGAAGAAACCCUUUCUCUUGUCUAGUUUCAUCAGUUUUAUAUGGUGGAAAAAAAUGGCUGCAAGGAAUUAAGAAGAUCUGUAGAACAGUUAACCAACUUUCUUUGUUUGGGGAUUGAGUUAUUGUUGUUAGUGCAUGGUAUGUAUCUAUACUGUUAUGCUAUGUUUCUUUCAGUUUUAGAUGAAUUGGAUUAAUUAAGAUAGCUGAAGCUCAAAUUAUAUUGUAAAACCUUGUUGUUUUUAGCAUAAUACAAUGUUUGUUGGAGAAAUUGAGAUAUU